AUGGUAGAAUUUGAAGAAUUACCAGAAUCAUGUAUCGCUACAAUACUCUCUCAUACGACUCCCAUUGAUACUUGUAGGCUCUCCGUCGUUUCUAAAACAUUCCAUUCUGCCUCCAAUUCCGAUGACGUCUGGAAUCGAUUUCUCCCUUCCGAUUCCAAUCUCAUCGACGCUAUCUUCUCAUGGUAUCCUUACCUUGCCAACCUUCCUUCUAAAAAGGCUAUGUUUCUCGCUCUCCCUAAUCCCCCUAUAAUCAUCGACAACGGCAAAAAGAGCUUUCAAUUAGAUAAAAAGAGUGGAAAAAUGUUUUACAUGCUUUCUGCUAGAUCACUCACCAUUGCUUGCAGUGCCCGUGUGAAAAAAUGGAAUACUAAGCUUAAUUCCAGGUUCCCUAAAGUUGCCGAGCUUUGUAAUGUUUCGUGGUUUGAGAUUCGUGGGACUAUUAACAGUCUCUCCUUGUCCCCAAAUACUCACUAUGCGGCUUAUCUCGUGUUCAAGAUGAACGGUGCCCAUGGAUUUGAGAAUGAACCUGCGGAGUUAUCCGUUGGUGUUGAAGAUGGCCGUUGCAUCACUAAAUUUGUUUGUUUGGAUCCAUACUUCCUCUACGAAACAAAUCAUCGCCCCCAUCGUGCUUCGCGGCCGACGCCUAAAGUAGUUGGAUUGCAACGUCCUAGUGUGAGAAGUGAUGGGUGGUUUGAGAUUGAGAUGGGAAAAUUCUUCAAUUCAAGUCUUGAAGAUAAAGUAGUACGGAUGAGUGUUAUCCAGAAAAAGGGUCAUGGAAAGAUGGAAAAUUUCUUUCUUGAAGGAAUAGAAGUUAGGCCUAAAGAAGCAUAUAUGUCACAUAGUAUGUUGAGGGAGAAGGAGAAGAUUUGGGAUUUCUUCCUAAUUUAG